AUGGUGGAGCCCAGGGGUGAGGUGGUGGUGGACGGCGUGGACACCAAAUCGAUAGGUUUGCAUGACUUGAGGCGCAACAUCUCAAUCAUACCUCAGGAUCCGGUGGUCUUCACGGGUCCGGUGCGCAGAAAUUUGGACCCUUUCGGCGAAUACACGGAUCACUUGAUAUGGAGUGCCUUAGAGGAGGUGCAGCUCCGACACGCCGUUCAGGACCUGCCCGGACAACUGGACGGCCUACUGAGCGAAGGGGGCAGUAAUCUGAGCGUAGGUGAGCGCCAAUUGGUGUGUUUGGCUCGAGCUAUACUCCGCCACAACCGCCUACUAGUGCUCGACGAGGCGACCGCUAAUGUGGACCACCGGAUGGAUGCCUUAAUUCAGACCACAAUUCGCCGCAAAUUCAGUGACUGUACGGUCAUUACGAUCGCUCACAGACUCAACACUAUUAUAGACUGCGACCGCGUUUUGGCGUUAGACGCGGGAGAGAUCGUCGAGUUUGACGAACCCUUGGCUUUACUUCAACGGAGGGGACAGUUGUACGACAUGUGCAGAAAGACCGGCGAAGAUAUGUUCAACCAUUUGAUGCAUUUGGCCAAAGAGUCACAUCUCAAGAGGUCUACCAUUAGUGAAGUGCUGGAGGGACCGGAGACAGGGAUUUGAGUGCUGACCAUAUGACCAUGGCAAUUGUAUCUCAACAAAUAAAUAAACAGCAAAUAUAUUAAGUAAAAUAUUAUUUGUGAUAUUAUGUGUUGAGUUAAUGUUUAAAUCUUCAAACCAUCUGUAUUUUCUACAUGAAGUUCGAGUGCAAUGCAAAUACUGUAUAAUUAUUAUUA